AUACACUUGCAUUUGUCAAAAUUGGUUGACUUUUACAUCUUUUAUUCAGUCUAGUGCAUUUCCAGAAAAUAUGGCAACUUCAUUUGCACGUAAUUCUUCGAUCCUUUUGAGGAACACAAACAAUUUCAAAACGAUUCCAGUAUUCCAAACGAGUUUCAAACAAAUUACAACUAUCAACAGACAUCCGCUCACUUUACUAAGGCCACGAAUAAGUCGGGUUCCGCUCAUUCAAAUUCGACGUGGAACGUCGAAAGGCGAUCAUUCGACGAUAUGGAUUUCUGAAAAACUCAUAUCACUUGCAUUCGUUGGGGUAUUUCCGGUCGUUUUGAUUUGGCCGAAUCCAUUCACGGAUUAUGUUCUUGCGGCAUCUUUGGCGUUUCAUCAUUACGUCGGUAUUGAAGCAGUAUUAACGGAUUAUGCGAGGCCUUCCGUUAUAGGGAAAACUCUCUCAGCAAUUUGCAAGUAUUCGAAUGUGGCUAUGACUUUUGUGGUGCUUUAUGGACUGAUCAUGUUCACGAGAAAUGAUAUGCUUUAUGGAAAUGCAGUGAAAUUGCUGUGGUCGUUGGAUACUAAGUGUCGAAGCAGAAGAGUAUAAAUUUUAAUUUAAUGUGGCGUUCUGGAUUUGUUCAAAUUGAAUUAAAUUAUUGAAAAUU